GGAAAAGUGGGUUAAGAAGUUAUUUAAGCACGAUUAAUGACGCGUUGAAUUAUCCUUUGAGGCUUGUCGAUGCAGAAAGCUCCCAGACGAUGUUACUUUAUGUCGUGGUGAAAUAAGUCGAAACGGGGCAACUUCUGGGGGAUGCUAACUAGUAGUGUUAGCACAUGUUAGCACGCACGUAGCUGUCUGCUUGUGUGGAAGAAGUUCCCGUUCAAGAGGAGUCUAUCACAAACAAGGGAAGCUCCAAUCUCUAAUCGGCAAUAUGGGGGCUGUCAUCUCACGGUGGAGGGCAAAACCUUCCACUGUGGAGAUUUUGGAGGCAAUAGAUAAGGAUAUCCAGCUUUAUGAGGAGCACGGUGAAAAGUACCAAAGGCAGCUUAAGAUCUGGCUGGGCCGACUGCUGUUGUACUCAAUCCUCCUCUACCUGAUGACCUGCAUAGUCGUCUACUGCUGGUACCUACCAGAACAGCUCAUGGGGCGCCUUAUUCUGUGUCUCCCUUUUGUCAUAUUUCCUUUACUAGUGUGGUUACUUCGCAAACUUCUGAUUGUUAUCUUUUCUCGAAGAACCAACAAGAAUAAUGAAAAACUGGAGAAUCUUAAAGGGCAAAAGAAAAAAAUACUUGAAGAAGUUAUGGAAACAGAGACGUAUAAAAAUGCAAAAAUGAUUCUGGAGAGAUUUGAUCCUGAUUCCAAGAAAAAAAUGGAGCUGGACUCGACUCCACUAGGACCCCAUAUGACGCCUAAACCAGGCCAAGAGCUUCGCCAGCGCUACGUUGUCCCUAAAACCCCACCAGUGUUGGUGGCAGCGGCGGCAAAUCCUGGAAGCGGUGUAGCGGCCCGCCCUCCUCUUGCCAGCGGGCCCACCUACCCUGGACGCUCUUCGCACUCUGCUCCAGGUGGACCCCCGGAGAGGCGCCUGUCGGCCAUGGCUGCUCAGCAGAGCUUGAUGAGGAAGCCUGUGACCCCUGGAACACCUGCUCCAGGAUUUGGGAUGCACCCCCCAGGUCCGCCCUUGGCCAGACCUGUGCUUCCUCGACAAAGAGGCGCCAUGGACAGAAUCAUCGAGUAUCUCGUUGGAGACGGCCCACAGAACAGGUUCGCUCUCAUCUGCCAGCAGUGUCUGUCCCACAACGGCAUGGCCUUAAAAGAGGAAUUUGAGUAUGUUGCAUUCCGAUGUGCGUACUGUUUCUUCCUGAAUCCUGCGAGAAAGACCAGACCUCAAGCACCCAGACUCCCCGAGGCCACUGGCGAGCUGAAGAUGUCACCUGAGGCACCCUCCUCCUCAUCCUCUAGUGCCGACAGAGACUCCCCCCAGUCUUUCAAAGAUAAAACGGAGCUCGCAGACGUCCCUGAAACCGACACCCAAGAGCCCGUGCUCCCGACACCUCCAGAGCCCUGUCCCGAGUCCGACCACCAAAGCACUCCCGAGUCACAAGACGACGUGCCCUCUGAAAAAUCUGACGGAGAGCAGGAUUUGUCAGCCAUGGAAGUGGAGUAAAGAAGGUCUGAAGCGUAACAAAUGCAUUUCAUGUCUGGGACGUUAAUGAAAGUGAUUGAGUAAGAACGGUCGUACUUUGGAACCAGGUCUUACUGUGCUUUUCUUUGAAAAUAGUUUUUAUCUUUGCAGCAGUCGUAUUGAAGUGUUUGUUACUUGCAUGUAGCAGCAAACCCACCAACCUGUUCUCAUAACAGAGCUGUAUUAUAUGUUCUCUCCUCAUGCUGCAUAGAACAUGUAUACCUCCUGUAUUUAAUGUAUUGUCUUAAUAGGAUAAAGUCAGUGAAAUGCAAAAUAUUUUAUUUAUGACAAUUUAUGAAUUUUCUCUUUGUAGGUGUGCCUUUUAACAGUGUUGGACUGGGCUAUUCUGUAGCAAGGUGGUGCUACCAGCAUGUUUACACACGAUGGUAUAUAAUGAACGCACUUACAAUAUGUAUUUAUUUCUCCAAAGGGGUGAAGGAGAUGAAUGUUGGUACUGUGCCUUUUACAUUUUAAUCUGCUUCUUCCGAGUAUUGUUGAUGCAGUCUAUUUACAUUUAGAUAAUCCUUUAACUGUUUUCUGUGAAUGUGCCCGUUCGUAAUGUUAAAAUAAACUUUUGACAACAUGCUGGUGUAAUUAUUUAGUUAGCGGUAUGUGAAUCGAGACGGUUAUAGCUCUGUCGCAAAUAGAAAAAAGGUAGCCCACGUAAACAGCCGUGAUCACAGCAGCUGCCGUGUAUUCCGUAUGUGUGUCAGGCUUUAUAAAUUGCCGCCCCGUUUCGGCUCCGGUCGGCUCCUCACGGCGAAUGUUUAAACAGUCGGUUUUCAUUAGCCAGCCAAUUUUAGCUUGUGAUCAUUUUAUUUUAGCCCAUUGAUCAUUUCAGACAGCGUAACAUAAUGGUGUUGACACCGAGCCCGAGCAGUCUUGAUUGCUUGACCCUCUUCAUUUGCAAGCAGAAAGUCAUUGCGGCUGCAAAGUUGCUCUCCCGCCACCGCCUGACCCGCCUCCCCCCCCGAACAUGCACCGUAAAGUAUGGGGGAGGUCAACGGCACACAUCUUCUAUGGGUUUUGAUAAUGUAUGUUUACAGAGACGUGACCUCCGGAGCCUUGUAAUGCAUCAAUGUGACACGCACAGUAACGCCUGAUUCCACCGCAUGCUGUUUGGGGUUGACCUCUGACAAGAGUCGAAAAAAGAGCGGGACAUGAAUAGGACCAUGUUUGGAUGUUUUCACACCACUGGGAGGUGGUUGUGUCUACACAGGCUGGACAAGUGAACAUCAGCUUUAUCGCGACGUAACACUGACUGAAAUUGUUGGCU